AGGUAUCAUUGGGGGGAUGACCAGCAUCAUCACGUCCACGGUGGAGGGGGUGAAGACGGAGGGGGGGGUGAGCGGCUUCUUCUCGGGCCUGGGGAAGGGUCUGGUCGGCACGGUGACCAAGCCCGUGGCCGGGGCGCUGGACUUCGCCUCGGAGACGGCGCAGACGGUCCGGGACAUGGCCAGCCUCAGCAACCACCGGCUUGGCGUGCAGCGUGUGAGGAAGCCCCGCUGCUGCAAGGGGCCCCAGGGCCUGCUGCCGCGCUACUCGGCCACGCAGGCCAACGGCCAGGAGCAGCUCUUCCACCUCACCGACAACAUCCUGCAGGAGUUCUUCGUGGCGGUGGAGCCCAUGGACACCUACUGCGUGCUGAUCUCCUCCAAGGUGGUGUACUUCCUGAAGCCGGGCGACUACGUGGACCGCGAGGCCAUCUUCCUGGAGGUGAAGUACGACGACCUGUACCACUGCCUGGUGUCGCGCGACCACGGCAAGGUGUACGUGCAGCUCACCAAGAAGGCCGACAGCACCAGCAGUGGCGUGGCCAUCCCCGGACCCUCCCAGCAGAGGCCCAUGGUGCACAUCAAGAACGAGAGCCUGGCGGUGAAGAUCUCCCAGGAGGUGAACUAUGCCAAGAGCCUGUACUACGAGCAGCAGCUCAUGCUGCCCGCCAGCGACCUCCACGGCAGCCUGCUGCUCGACCCCUGACGGACGGAGGACGGAGGACCGGGAGGCUGGCGGUGACCGUGGCGACGGUGAUGGUGACGCUAAGGAAGGCCCACCCGGAGGUGGAUUGCGCUGACACUCAUUCACACUGCAGGAGGGGCCGCCAGCUACGAGGAAACCGUCAACGUAGUUUGUUUCUCUUGUUUACCUGUUUGAGAGGUAUCGGCCUUCUGUUAUUCCUUGAAGGCUUAACACUUUUGUAGGACGUGUGUGUGUGUGUGUGUGUGUGUGUGUGUGUGUGUGUGUGUGUGUGUGUGUGUGUGUGUGUGUGUGUGUGUGUGUGUGUGUGUGUGUGUGUGUGUGUGUGUGUGUGUGUGUGUGUGUGUGUGUGUGUGUGUGUGUGUGCGAGAGCAGGGUGUGUUGCUCACUAUAAGGGAACAGCAGACGGGUAGGGGGGGGGGGGGGGGAAUGUGAAAACCAAAAGCUUUACUGUGUAGAGAGAGAGAGAGACGUUUGGUGAGUUUAACUAACUUUAACCUAAGACUCGACUUCGUUAAGCCGAGCGUGACUAGGGUGAAUGAUAUCUUCAACUGCACUGUUUGUUUGUGUAAUUCAAAAAAAAAAAAAAAAAAAAAAAAAAAAGGCAGAAUCAAUUGAGAUUAAUUUAACUUGUACAACCAUGUUUAUAUGAUGCUGAUUACGGCCCGUGUACACUCUGUAUAGAUCAUCCUAUGUAGAUAACGCUACACCCUCACAACACAACUCUUUGUACAUAUCCCCCCGCCAAGGGGGAAAUAUUUAAGACAAAAUACACUGGUGUGAUGUAACUAAUGGCCUUCAAAAAUAUAUAUUUUGUGUAUUAACGAAACGCUUCCUGUCUGAGCAGCGAUGAUCAAUAUUAUGCACUGAUGUUGUGGAAGGGGAGAGGGGGGGGGGGGGGGUCAAUGCUACCCCCCUCCCCCCCAGCCCCCUCCCCUUGUUUCCUUUUAACAAUCAUGGACUUGUCACUUUAUUUUUAUUUCUUACACUUAGGUUUUACUUAAGUGUCCCGGUAUCAAGUGAGGGGUGAGCACACAGGGACAAGUAGGCUUCGUGUAAGCGUCGCCCACCAGGCACAUCUUCAUGGGGUCGAGUUGUUUCGUUGUCUAUAGAGAAGUACAAUUUCCCCUCUGGUCAGAUGUGAAGGUUUAGCAGGACGAAGUUUUAUUUGUGUGUCCCAACAAUAAGUGAUCAAUCCACUGCUACUUACAAUAAAGAUCGACAGCCGCACUGCA